AACUACACUGUUGUUCAGCGACUCCCUGUUUUUAAGGCAGGACUUUUAGUUUCUUAGUGAGAUUCCUUCCACUGGGGGAUGUGGUCUGUGUGAGUAUAUGUGUGAGUGAAUGCGUGUGUGUGAGUGACUGAGUGUGUGUGCGUGUGUGUGUGUGCUCACUAGCUGUGCUGACGCUGCUGCAUGUAAAAUUAGCUGGCUGCAGCCUUUCAGGGACACCUCUUGCGGACCGCCGGAGCCCACAGUGCAAUAAAUAUGGCAGCAGAGCUAUCCACUUCCAUAAACAUCAAGGAGCCCCGGUGGGACCAGAGCACAUUUGUGGGCCGAGCUAAACAUUUCUUCACUGUCACAGACCCCAGAAACAUCCUCCUCACCAACGAACAACUAGCACACGCCCACAAAAUCAUCACCGACUACAGGCAAGGUAUAGUCUCUCCGGGGUUGACGGAGGACGAACUGUGGAGAGCCAAGUAUGUUUUCGACUCAGCUUUCCAUCCCGAUACUGGGGAGAAGAUGAUCCUCAUUGGCCGCAUGUCAGCGCAGGUUCCAAUGAACAUGACGAUCACUGGAUGCAUGAUGACCUUUUACAAGACAACUCCGGCUGUGUUGUUCUGGCAGUGGAUCAAUCAGUCCUUCAAUGCAAUAGUCAAUUACACCAACAGGAGCGGUGAUGCUCCAAUCACAGUCAGUCAGCUUGGCACAGCUUAUGUGUCUGCCACCACGGGGGCAGUUGCCACUGCUCUAGGACUAAAUGCACUAACAAAGCACAUCUCACCCCUGAUUGGACGGUUCGUUCCGUUUGCUGCUGUAGCCGCUGCUAACUGUAUCAACAUCCCACUGAUGAGACAAAGAGAACUUCAACACGGCAUUCCCGUAACAGACGAGAAUGACAACAGGUUAGGAGAGUCGACGAAAGCCGCACAGCAGGCCAUCUCUCAGGUCGUGGUCUCCAGAAUCCUCAUGGCUUCUCCAGGAAUGGCUAUUCCCCCGUUUUUAAUGAACCAUUUGGAAAAGAAGGCCUUUCUGAGGAAGUUCCCAUGGAUGAGUGCACCUAUUCAAGUCAGCCUGGUGGGAUUCUGCCUUGUGUUUGCCACCCCACUGUGCUGUGCGUUGUUCCCUCAGAAGAGCUCUAUGUCAGUCAGCGGCUUGGAGCCGGAGCUGCAGGAGAAGAUCCGGGCCAACCACCCAGGAGUUGAGAGGGUGUACUUCAACAAAGGGCUAUGAGUGUGCAGCCCCCUCAUCCAAACACUGCCAUAACACAGCUGCAGGCUCAGUCCUCGCCUCUCUGCCAGCCCUCCUCAUUCAGUGUGCCAAAGUUAAGUUUGUGUCUCCUCAUUUCCACCAUUCAGAUGGAUGUCUGAGGACUCCCUCUCUCAGUCAGUCUCUUUGUAAUGAGAUGUUUGCUUUUGUCAAUGUGAUUGUUGAUUUUAUUGUUAACUGCUUGAGAAGAUUUUCUCCCCGAGUGGGCUGGAUGAAAAGUAUGUUUUACCAUGACAGAUAUAGUGGCCCGUGUAAGACCGAUUUAAAUGGACAUUUUACUUUCUGUACAGUAUUUUCUUUUGUAAAGUUGGUGACUUGUUGAUCGUAUGUCGCCGCCAAACCAUUUUCACACUCUCCUACCUAAGGUUGGCAGGCAGUUGAUGAUAAUAAUCAGAUUUUGACCAUUGAUUAGUCAAAGACCUCUGCAAUUCAUGCAUUUGCCAAAAUCUGUACUCAGAUUUUUUUUUUUUUUUUUAGACCUCUCAACGAUUGCAACCUCCUACUCUCAACAGUGUUAUUUUAAAGAAUGACAUUCACUUUUCUUCACUUUAAUUCAGUUCAUUUUGCCAAAUGAGUAACAUUCAACAAUCUGAACACAAUUUUCCAGGGAUCCACCCUAUAAAAUGUGAUGCUAUGAAGGUGGCAGCCAUUGACGGGCCAACACGGUGCUAUUUGAUGUCUUAAUAAUCAGUGUUUAUCACAGUAUUUAUUCUGCUUGCCAAACAUGCAUGAACAAACCACUCCGCAUAUGAGCAUCAUGGUAUUUAACUAUGGGGCCUCUGCUUCAAAGAAAAAUUCAGGAGAGCUGAACAGUGGUGACAAACAGUGUUGUUGUCAAUCUUUUCAGCAAAACACGCCGCUUCCAUAAUCCACAGUCCAGGAUUUUGUGAUUUCAGUAUUCCACCAAAAUUGAAUUCAUUCAUUCAUGCCUUACACAGACCUAUUUUUUUAUGUGACUCACUCUGUCUUCUGUACCUUUAUGCCGCAUCCUAAGAGGUUUGAUUUUUACCGCACAUUUUAGAUUUAUGUUGUAGUUUUAUCAAUUGUUUUCCAACUGUUAUCGUACAUUUUUAUAUUCAUUUGGAGCAUAUGUUCGAUAUAGAUGUGAAGUUUUGGUGAAAAAAAAGCCAAAUAUGCUCUCAAGAUCAUAUUUUUCAAGGCAAGGAUGAAGAUAUAUCGAAGGAUCCAUCUGUCCAAUUUAUGUUUAAACUCUAACUUUAGUCAUUAACAUUGCAAAGUGAAACAUUUCAAAAUCACAGUAAACGUAAUCACUUUGAUCUCAGCCUGAUGAGUUUGAGAAAUGUGGAAGUUCCCAGCUAAAAGCUUGAAUCAGCAACAAACAUCCUGCUUAGAGUUUCACUACAGUAUUUCAUUGUGAAAGUGAGAAACAUGUGCACUGUAAUAAGCACUUACAGUUACAUCAGCACACACUAUCUCAGCUCUGGCCUGGUGAGCUGAUUAAAGCAGGUGAAAAAUCAUGGACACCUUGUCAGUCUGAUGUUCAAACUUUUGUUCUGUACUUGUGCUGCAGCGUCAGUAUUCACAUGAUGAUGCCAGUAUUAGUGUGUCUGGACACAGUUGGCGUGUGUGUGCGUGGGCCUGACGGCUGUUGUGGUGUAUAAGACCGAUGGCCUGUCUGUGCCACAUUAACAGCGACUGUAUGAAGUUGGGGUUGUAGGCUGAUCUCGUAUCAGAGAGACCGGACAGCGAAAUCAUUGGCCAACUUUAAAAUCAGGGAUCAGAGGGAAAAAGAUGGACUUGAAGCCACAAAAUGUUUUAGCAAGUUGUUUGACCAACCUCGCCUCAUUUUGAAACUUUAAAAAAAAAUCAUGUAUUUUUAAGGACCCAGUGUGUGUUGAAACCAUUUGGUCCGAUUAAUGCAUAUGUUUACAUUUGAAAUUUAAAUACAUGAAAAUGCUUGUGAACAUUGAUUUGAUGACAUUGCAUCUUUUGCUCAUCAUGGUGUGUGAUUUCCGUAAGGUGUUUAAUGUUUAAUAUACUGUAAAUCUACUAACAUAUAUUGCUGUAUAAGUAAGUUUAUUUUAGAUUGUCAGUGUUUCCAGAGCGAGUCGGAGCCGUUUCCCCCCCCCCUUGCUGGUUUGAAGUGAAGUUUGUUAUUCUAGUGCUAAAGGUAACUGAAUGUAGCAUUUUCCAAUUACAGCUGUUUUCGGUGUGUUAGUCCAGAAAAGCACAAUGUUGUAACAGAUUUCAAAUGCUGCACAUUUUUAAAAACUUGCUCAGUUUCCGGUCCACAACGCUUUUCAGUACAUCUUUGAUCAGCGAGGGAGAGACUGAUGAUAAAUAUUAAACUUGCCCUCUGGUAGACAUUAUUUCUGAGUGUCCUUUAACCUUUAACUGCAUCUAACUAGACCUGAUUCCUCUUUAAUGUGUUCAAAAAUGUAAAAAAUUAACUCCUUAAUAACAUGUUCACAAGCUUCAAUCUACCAAAUCAAAAUCAAUGUCACUACAGCCAAAGCGAUACAAAUCGACUUAAAGGGGAAUAAGUCAUUUACAGUUUGCAUUAAUUGAAAUGAAUAUUUUUAAGAAAAAGAAUAUUAUGACAAAUGGUAUUUGAUUGUUUUGCAGUACACUGGGGUGAUGUAAUGUUUAGACUAACUGGAUGAAAUAAAGAUGAUGAAAUAUUGUA